AAAAAAAAAAAAAGAUGUUUGUUUGUUGUUGUGUUCAUAUUGUUGAGCAGAUUGAAAAGAAUAUUAAGAGUUUGCUAUGAUAAAUAAAUUGUAAUUCUUAACGAUAACAAUAUAGUACAGUACAGUGCUUACUUUAAUAAUAAAGUUAUCGUAAGUACAUUCAUUGUCAACUCUGCAAUUUACAAAUUGCAUUGAUGGAAUAGGGACUGGAUAGCUAGGUCCAACUACUGUGUAGUGAGAUGUGUGACGGCGUGGCGAGCGAGAGUGGUGCGCUGACGCGCAGCCGCGUGUCGCAGGAGCAGCUGGAGCUGCUUCUAUCGUUCAUGGAGGAGCACGUGGACUUCGCGGCGGGCAAGCAGGCCGUGUACUCGCGCUUCAGUGCCAGCAAGCUGUGGCGGCUGCUGGCCGAGCGGCUCAACGCCGCCGCGCAUGACAGCGGUGGUGCAAGGAAAUCGCCUGAUAAAUGGUGCAGAUACUGGGCCGACAUCAAGUACAAGGCGCGGAAGAAGUCUGCGGCGUGUGGCGCGUUGGGCGACCUGUCGAGCGCCGAGGAGCGGUUGCGCAACAUUUUGGGAGCGGGCGGCGGCGCGGUCGCGUCCCCGGCGCCGGGCCGCGCGCGCCGCGCCAGCCCCUCGGACGAUGAGCGCAAGCCGACGCUGGAUGACGAUGUGUGCUCGGACACGUCGAUGGCUGCGGAAGGCGCGCGGCUCAGCACCGAGGAGCUGCUGGCGGAGGCUGCCAUGCGCAGCGCGCUCGCUGCCGAGAAGCAGGCCGAGACCAUUGCGCAGGGCGUGGAGCUGCUGCGCGAGCUGGUGGGGCUGGUGCGCGAGCGCGUGCCGCUCGCCGCCCAGCCCGCGCCGCACAUGCCGCUCGACCACCACCACCUGCAGCACCACCACCACCGCCUCUGACGCGCCGCCCCUCAU